AUGGAGGAAACUACUCUUACACCUCUGCAAAUUCCUGAAAUCGCUCUCAGUAUCAUCAGCCAUCUCGAUCCACCUGCCAUCCUUUCCAUCCGCCUCGUCUCUUUCCCAAUCAAUACCCUUAUCCUGGCCUACCAGAGAUCUGUCGGCAGAUCCAUUGCUCAGCGACAGUUCUCCACUGACAUUGAUUGGCCCGCUCCCAACAUAGACUGCCUACAACAGAACUUCCAUCUCAAAACACUAACACGCCUCCCGAAGGCCUACAAGUUCGCUCGCAAGACCAAUCUAAAUUGGGAAUGUUACGUGGAGGCAGGUGUCACCAAAAUAAAAGGUAAAGUAAAUGGAGUGGCAACGGUCCUCAAGCCUAAUUCUUCAUACCCUACCUUUCUUGGACGCUGUGCUCGCGCCAUUCUGAUAAUCUGGACUCUGAACGACAUCAGACGGCAUAUCGACCCACUUGAGCCUUUGCCUAGCUAUGUCUGCCCACCUCCGCCACCUAGCCGCCGGCAAAGACUUGGCCGUCUCUUCUCACGCAUGGCAAACGUCUCGUCCAAACCCAACUCUGCAUCUCUAUCUCCAACAGAGGCCAACUCUCAAAGCUUUCGGCUCCAUAUGAACUCUCUGGCACCUAGAUCCGAAUGCAAAGUCAAACGGUACCUCUCCACGUUCAAUGCAGCACGGCAAACCUUUCUGAAUUCCCUCCCCCGAAACCAUCGCAUUGACCUGAUAUGGGUUCAAGACUAUCUCUUCAUAGCACUGGCGAGGAACAGCCGCCGCCACGGUAGGAGCGAUGUGAUAGUCGCUUUCGUGCUGCAGCAGAGUCCUGCUUUUGAACUCUCCUUAAGUAGUGAUGAUCGGUGUGAGAGAGUUUGGGCGUGGAAUUUGGCUUCCGGGAUCGUCCACGCCAGACAAAGCGAGUUUUCAUUUAAUGAGUGGGCGAGGACGGUGCCUUUUCUUCCUGGUGAGGAGGAGGAAUGGUGUGAAGAGGCGUACAGGGCGAAAGCUGAGCUGACCAGAGGGACUGGCGUGAUAGAGGAGAAGCUGUCAUAG